UCACUACUCUAGCAGACUUCAUUUAGAGCGCCUAUAUAGGUUCAGCCGUCUCUCUCGGAUGUUAUACCAAAGCAAAGACCUUGUUGGCGGAGAUACCGGCAUGAGAACGUUUGUGUUUGAGAGGCUAAACGCUGACUUUUGAUCAGACUUGUAGCAACCCCCUUCAUUCAUUAAGUUGGGAGGUUGAUGAAACUUUUUUUGAAUGAGUAUACCGCCGCUGGCUGGCGCAUCUGGAUUCAGGGAAGUCGGAGCUGUCAAGUCCAGCGCAAAUUUUUUCAACCGGACUCACCUCUCUUGUAUUUUUUCACCUUUUUAAAAAACUUUGUGGCGACACAUUGGGAUUUGGUUGAGUCAAACUCUUAAUUUUUACAACUUUUUCCUGAUUUUUUUUUUUAUUGCAAGACGCAAAAAUGGAACACUCAGUCCUCAGAAUAACGUGCGUCUUGAUGGUUAUCUGUCUCUUGGAUAAAAGGGUAGACUCCAAUGAAAUCUUGGGCCUGAAACUCCCCAACAUCGACCCGAUCCUGAAUGCCAACACGGUGUGUCUGACACUGCCAGGUUUGACACGGCGCCAGCUGGAGGUGUGCAUGCGUAACCCAGAUGUAACGGCUUCAGCAAUCCAGGGAAUCCAGAUUGCCAUCCAUGAGUGCCAACACCAGUUCAGAGGGCACCGCUGGAAUUGUUCCAGCCUAGAGACUAGAAACAAAAUACCCUAUGACAGCAUAGUCUUCAAAAGAGGUUUUCGAGAGAGUGCCUUUGCGUAUGCCAUUGCAGCAGCAGGAGUGGUGCAUGCAGUGGCCAAUGCCUGCUCUAUGGGCAAACUGAAAGCAUGCGGCUGUGACGAGAAGCGACGUGGGGAUGAGGAGGCUUUCCGUAUCAAACUCCACCGCUUGCAACUUGAGGCCAUCCACCGAGGGAAGGGUAUGGUACAUGGUGUUAUGGAGCACUUCCCAGCUGACCUGCCAGGGCCCCAAGACUCCUGGGAGUGGGGCGGCUGCAGCCCCGACGUGGAUUUCGGAGAGAAGUUCUCGCGGGAUUUCCUGGAUGCCCGUGAGACCUACAAGGACAUCCAUGCUCGUAUGAGGCUGCAUAAUAAUAGAGUUGGGAGACAGGUGGUGCUCGACCACAUGAGAAGGAAAUGCAAAUGCCACGGGACAUCAGGGAGCUGCCAGCUGAAAACCUGCUGGCAGGUCACUCCAGAAUUCCGGGUGGUGGGUUCAAUCCUCAAAGAGCGCUUCCACAUUGCCACGCUUAUCAAGGCUCAUAACCGGAACACCGGACAGCUGGACCACUCCCAUCACAACCACCACAACCAUCAUCACCAUCAUCCGCACAACCACCACAAUCAUCAUCACCAUCGGCGGCGGCCCAGUGUCAACGAACUAGUCUAUUUUGAAAAGUCACCGGAUUUUUGUGAGCGGGACCUUGGGUCGGAUUCAGCCGGCACACAGGGCCGGAUCUGCAACAAGACCAGCCCUGGCAUGGACAACUGUGAGAGUCUGUGUUGUGGCAGGGGCCACAACAUUCUGCAGCAGACACGAAGUGAACGUUGCAACUGCAAGUUUCACUGGUGCUGCUAUGUGGUCUGCGAAGAGUGCAGGAUAACAGAGUGGGUCAGUGUCUGUAAAUGAAGAAACACACACCAAAAGGCUAUAUAGACAAAACACAGCAAAAGAGACAUUUUUAAAUCCAGAAUAUUACUUUGAAAUGGGAAUAUGACCAUAAGUUAUGUACCCCAUUCUUUUUUGCGGUGGACUGCAGUUUUUCUUUGCAGAAAAGAUGUGCAAGGACAGAGAGUGAAGCAGUUGAGCCAGCAGAAAGAUAGAAGUGUAUGUUGGUAAAGAGUGUGCACAUGCAGCAUAUGUGAAAAGGUGCCACAACUCAAAGACCUUGGAUGUAUACUGCCUUCAUCUUGAGGACAAAGAACAUAGUAAUAUAAAGACAAGAAUCUUAAAUAAAUUAAAUAUAUUUUGACUGGCACAGAGCUGCAUGAGAGUCAAGUGAGCAAAGAGGAAGUUUAAAGUAAGUAGUAGAUUGCAAGCAGACAGAAAAUAGAAUUUCUUCUUUGCAGGAGAAAUAUAAGAUCUGCAUGAAACAUAAAAUCAAGUAUAUUUUUGAAACAGAUCACACACCAAAAAGUUGUCCCUUGAGCCUCAAUUACCAGUACCGUCAUUUAGAAUAUACCUUGCCUUGUAUCUACUCGAUGCAGAGGCAAAUGUCAGGACUCAUAAUGCACACAGUUUGACAUAGCACUACAUAUCUGGAGCAUUGAAGGAUUUUGUACCUUGUUCAAGGACAGUUCAUAAUUUUCCAUAUUUAUUUAUAGCAGCUAUCAUGUUGCACAUAAGAAUACAUCAAGCGAUUGUCUGGCUCAACUGAAAGUCAGUAUUAAUAUCCCUGCCAACACUGAUGACAUUUUUUUGAAAGCAAUCAAACAGUUUAUUAAAAAAAAAAAAAAAGAGGUAGCGUGAAUUCUAUAAUUGAGUCUCAGGACAGACUUGUCUAUUCAAAUUACAAUGCUGCAUUAAUGGCCAAACAUUUGGUAAGAAAUAAUGAUCUCUAUAGAAAGAUUACAGUAAAGAUGAAUUUUGAGCGGCGGAAGUUCAAGGGCCAAAAGUCUGAUCUGAAACUGAUUGUUGGCGCUGAUUCGAAAUAUCAUAUUCUUGCAACCAAAAUGCUUCCUUUUCUUUAAUGGUGGCCACUGAGAUAAAUGUUUCCACAAAUAAGCUUCAGACAGAGUAAAAACAAGCACCACUUCUAUACACUAUAAGAUUCAUUUCAACAUCACUGUUUGACAACCAUUGAGGCACAAACUUGUACUGGUGUAUUCAGAAAUCCUUUAAAAUAUAGUACAAAUGUCUGGUCCAGAUUUACGUCAUCCAAAAUGUGUGGUCUGUGUUGUGUGUGGUACGCAAUGUAAGAGGACUGUCAGAGUGCACAGUAAACCUUGAUUUAAGGAGAACAGUUUUCAUCGUCAACAUGAUAUGACCAGCACUGUAAAUAAAAAUUAAUAAUGCUGCACCAAAUCAUCAACAAUUUUUAAAGUGCCUCAGGAAACUGAGUGCGCACAAACACGCUCCAGUUCCUCACAGUCUAAACAUCCAAAACUCAUCAGUCAAAGUGUUUCCUGUUUUGUGAUGCAAUGUAAUGUGUGCAACACUGUAAGCUUUGUGUAAUAUAUCUACACUCACCUACUUCACACUUCUUUGAUGUGUACUACAGGGAUAUUCUGAGGUCAACUUCAAACUAUAUAAAAAGAAUAUUGAUAUGGUUUUCUGCCUAUGCACAUUUAUAAGAUCAUAUUUGGUUUCAAGAAACCGGUAUGAGUAAGGCUCCUUAUCAGACAGUGUAAUUUAUUUCAAGCAAAUAUAUUUCUGUGUUGAAAGCAGAGAAAAAAAAAUCUGGGAUUAUGUUUCCAGUGUAACUGUUUAUUUUGAUUCUGAUAAGUAGUUUGCACAUACUGAACUGUGUCCAGGAAAACUCUGGGAAGAUAUCAGCAAUAUGCAUUUGUUCAUGUCAUAAAUGUAUGUACGUAUUUUUUAUGUUUUAAUAUGGUUAUUAUCUAAGUUAUUUUAUUUUUGUGGAUAACUUAAUAUUUGUAAGACAAUAAAGACAGACGAUAAUAAUGCAAGAAGCUUUAAUGUGAUAAAUAAUAAAGAACCUGAAAACA